AUGGGGAAACCCAAGGGAAGGGCAAGGAAGAAGUUCGGCAAGCGCGGACCCGAUGGCCGGGCGGUUUCCAAGAAACCGAAGCUGGCGCUGCAACAUGAACUUCCAUCAGGCUCUGGUGAUGCGCACUUCGACGGCGACGAUGGCGCGGAGUUUAUGGAUGUGGAUGCGGAGGAAGAGAAGGCGGCUGCAGACGAGGACGUCAACGACGAGGACUGGUGCGAAGAGGAUCCCAGCGGCGCACACAGCAGUGGUGGAGGCUCUGGUGAUGCGCACUUCGACGGCGACGAUGGCGCGGAGUUUAUGGAUGUGGAUGCGGAGGAAGAGAAGGCGGCUGCAGACGAGGACGUCAACGACGAGGACUGGUGCGAAGAGGAUCCCAGCGGCGCACACAGCAGUGGUGGAGGUCAGUCGAUACUGCGCUUCGCACAGAAGACGAUGGAGUCCGCAGCUCGCGCGGCACGAAACGCGGCACAAAACAUUUCGCCGCGUAAAUCUGCUCGGCCCCCGACGCUGUCCGCGAGCCAAAAAUAUCGCAACAAGAAAAAGAUUUUUGGGAAGGAAGCAGCGGGGUUGGCACGAACUAUGGGAGCGCGGAUGCAGAGGGCCCGGCGGGGGAAGGAGCAGGAGGAAGAGGAGGAGAGCUCCUCUGUCGGUGGCGAGGUUGGUCAAGUAGUGAACCCAGCGGUGGAUUUAGAGGUUGCGCCGCACGCCGGUCCUCCGGGCGGCGGCAGCGAGUGUGCCGACAGCAGAGAUUAG